UCUGUCUCCAGAAUUGAUUCUACUUGAAGCUAGAAUUUGUAGCUUCUGCCUCCAGAAUUGAUUCUGGAUGAUUUUUACACUGUAAUUUAUUAUUCAACUCACUUUUACAAAAAUGUAUCCAAACAUAAAUCAAUUCUGCUAAACUCAAUUCUGCUAGAAUCAAUUCUACCAAACUCAAUUCUACUAGAAUCAAUUCUGUCCACCGCCAAUCCAAACACACCCGAAAUUAGGGUUACACUUACACACUUUUUGUUGCUAUCCAAAAGAAAAAGAUCACUUUUUCACUCUCAGCGGCGCUUCUCAGUCUCACCAUCUUCUCAGCUCCACUACUUCUUCUCACCAUCACUUACAGAGUUACAGUCUAUAGGGAAAGUGUCAAAUAUGUGAAAGGCUCUUAGGGUAGAAUGAAAAAAUUUAAGGAAUGCGUUGAACUCAUCGGUGGUGUUGAAACAUCGGCUGGUUUGUCUUAUGAUGUUUCCACUAGAUGGAAUUCUACUUAUUUGAUGCUUCAGAGUGCAUUGAAGUACCGACGUGUAUUUGCAAGUAUUAGUUUCCAUGAUGAUAAUUAUAAGGUUUGCCCUUCAGAAGAAGAUUGGAAAAGAGGAGAUAAAAUAUGCACCUUUUUGUUGCCAUUUUAUGAGACCACAAACUUGAUUUCCGGAACAUCUUAUCCUACUUCCAAUUUGUAUUUUUUGCAAAUAUGGAAAAUUCAAUGUGUUUUGAUGGCAAGCAUCAAAGAUGAAGAUGCUCUUAUUCGAGACAUGGCGGCAAGAAUGAUGAUCAAAUUUGAGAAGUAUUGGAGUGAUUAUAGUGUGGUUCUUGCUCUAGGAGCGGUUCUUGAUCCGAGGAUUAAGCUUACCUCUUUGGAAUAUAUGUAUGAAAAAGUUGAUCCACUUACCUCUGCACUUAAAACCGAAGAAAUUAAGGAGAAGUUGUAUGCUCUCUUUGAGAUGUAUCGUCGUCUUCAUACUCUGUCUCCCACAAUCUCUCAAACUCCAUCUUUCAACACUAGAGGAGAAUCAAGUUCCCACGCGUUUACCAAAAGUUUGUUCAAUGAUUUGAAAGUACACAAACAACAAAUUGCAACAGAGACCGGAAAGUCUCAACUAGAUAUUUAUUUGGAGGAGGCAAGUGUGGACUUAAGUUAUCAAAAUUUUGAUGACUUGAAUGUUCUUCAAUGGUGGAAGGAGAAUUGGAAUAGAUUUAAAGAAUUAUCCUUAAUGGCUCGUGAUUUGUUAGGCAUCCCUAUUACUACUGUUGCAUCUGAAUCUGCUUUCAGUAUUGGUUCAAUCAUUCUAAACAAAUAUAGAAGUCGCUUGUUGUCGAAGAAUGUAGAAUCAUUGAUUUGUACUCGCAAUUGGCUUCACGGCUUUAAUAGUUUUGCUGUAGUGGGUGAUGAUGAAGAUAAUGAUGAUGGAAGCUUGGCGAAAAGUAUUACAAUUGGAGCAUCAUGUGUUCAUGAUGUAGAUGAAGAUUGAUUAGUGAACUUAUGUUGAAUUUGAACUACUUAUGUUUGUUUUGAUGUAAUGCUUGUUGAACUACUUAUGUUUGUUUUGAUGUAAUGUUUGUUUAACUAUUUAUGUUUGUUUUGGGAUAAUGCUUGUUGAACUUAUGUUUGUUUUGGGGUAAUGCUUGUUGAACUUAUGUUGAACUACUUAAUUAUGUUGAAUUUAAUUAUUCGAUUUGAA